ACCGACUUCUGUUUGUAUAUAAACAACGACUUUUAUAAACACAGUUGUAAACGGCUCUUCACGUUGUAAACAUUGAGAAUUCAUUCAGUCGGUUAGUAAAAUGUCGGUUACCAGGGGAAUCAAUCGCUUGCUAAGGAAUGUAAAGAAAUCUGUUAACAUAUCUGAGAGGCAAGUGCUCGCAUUAGCCUAUCAACCGAAUGUGAAUGACUUUGAACCAAAUGGUCCAAGGGUGGUUACUGAUAUCCCCGGGCCGAGAUCAAAACAGCUGAUAGAACAACUUGAUCAGAUACAGAAUGUUGGUGCAGUGCAUUUUUUCUGUGACUAUGAUAACAGCCAUGGCAACUACCUCGCUGACGUAGACGGUAACGUCAUGUUAGAUUUGUUUACCCAGAUAUCAUCAGUGCCUCUUGGUUACAACCACCCUGCCUUGAUCAAUGCUGUGUCAAAACCGGAAAAUCUGUCAACAUUUGUGAAUCGCCCAGCUCUGGGUGUAUACCCACCAGCAGAUUGGGUAUCAAGGUUACAGAACACCCUUGUCUCAGUGGCACCUCCAGGAAUGAACCACGUACAGACUAUGGCAUGCGGAACAUGUUCUGUUGAGCAUGGAAUGAAAGCGGUGUUUAUGAAAUUUAUGAGUGAUGCUAGAGGAGGUAUGCCGCCAAGUCAGGAAGCACUGGAAUCCUGCAUCAUCAAUAAGGCACCAGGGUCACCUUCCCUCUCAUUCCUUUCAUUUAACAACUCCUUCCACGGCAGGACAAUGGGAGCUCUUGCUUGCUCGCAUUCUAAAUGGCUUCACAAGCUUGACUUCCCAGUACCUGACUGGCCCAUUGUAAGAUUCCCGAACUUAAAAUAUCCACUGGAAGAGAAUGUUGUUGAGAACAGAACAGAGGAAAGCAAGAUCCUAGAGGAGGUGGAAGAUAAGAUAGAUGAAUACAAUAAGAAAGGCCAAACAGUUGCUGGUAUCAUUGUCGAGCCGGUACAAUGUGAAGGGGGAGAUAAAUUUGCAACACCAUAUUUCUUCCAGGGUCUUCGAGAUAUAACUAAUAAGAGGGGUAUGGGUUUCAUCAUCGAUGAAGUACAGACAGGAUGUGGAGCAACAGGCAAGUUCUGGGCGCAUGAACACUUCAACUUGACUGAUUCUCCAGAUAUUGUUUCAUUUAGCAAGAAAAUGUUAACAGGUGGAUUCUACAAGAAGGUGACCUUCAAACCGAAAGAGGGUCACAGGAUCUUUAACACAUGGGUUGGAGACCCCAGUAAGAUUGCCCUUCUGGAAGAAGUCGUCAAGGUGAUAAGGGAAGACAAUUUACUGGAUAGUGUGAAGGUCACGGGAGAGUACCUCAUGUCAGGGCUAUUCAAUAUGCAGUCCAAGUACCCUGGAAUAUUAUCAAAUACUAGAGGACUUGGAACAUUAUGUGCCAUUGAUUUCAACACCACGGAUAACAGGGAUAAAGCAAUGGCCGAUCUCCGUAAAAAAGGCGUUCACACGGGUGCAUGUGGACCUACAUCACUGAGGUUUAGAACAACCUUGUUGUUUAAGACGAAGCAUGUUGACGUGUUUAUGGAACGUUUUGAUGAUGUCCUCUCACAGCUCAACAAGUGAAACAACUAACAUGUCCAAACACAGGAAUUGAACAAUCAAAAUUCGCCCUGCUUCAAAGAGACAUGGUGGAUAUUACUGGGUUGUGAAUAUCUUUCGGGAAUGAUUAGAACAUAAAACUGAUAGAAAUUUUCGACUUUAAUUGAAUUCACUACAAAUGUGGGGAGGUGAUUUGUUUUCUGCAUGUGUAUUAUUUAGAUUUGACUUGUUCGGAAAACUAACGAAUGUAUAUAUUUUACUACGGUGAUUAGUCACAGAUGGGUAUUAUAUAAUUAUUAACUAUUGAGUUUAGAUACAAGAUUAAACAGGAGAACGGUGUAUGUGGCCAAACAUGAAGCCAGCUGAGACACUACACUAGCAAUGUAUUUAAAAUAUUGUCUAGACAAAUAACAAUGGUAUUCAAAGUUUAUAUCUUUGUGAUAGUAAUUUGAUCAAUGUCAUUGAUCCAGCUCAACAGAAGAUGCUAGUGCAAUCAACCUAUAUAGUGUAUUAUAAAAUACUUACCUACAUGUAUUAUAGUUCCAGGGUUCAAUAUUUGUUACAAACAGCCAUAUGUUUUGUAUCUUGAUAUUUAGUCUUUAUUGUCAUAUCUGUAUUAAUAAUGAUGUUGUAUCUUAUAUUAUAUUCUUUAAUGAUAUGUCCACCCUAAUGUAUAUAUAAAACUUGUACCUGUAAUGAAUCUCGGGAUAUAUUGAAGAAAUAGAUAAAUGUUUAAUGAUAUAUCCAACCUUAUGUAAAUAUAAAACUUAAUUGUACCUGUAAUGAAUCUCGGGAUAUAUUGAAGAAUAAAUAAAUGUAUAACAUA